AGUAGUAACAAAUGCCAGAAAUUAUACAUAUUCAAGCUGGUCAGUGUGGUAAUCAAAUUAGCAAUGAGUUCUGGGAAACAAUUUCUAAAGAGCACGGAAUCCAAGAAGAUGGUUCUUUUUUAGGAACGCAACUUCAAAGAGAUCGUUUGGAUGUUUACUACAGUCGAGGAAUGGAUAAUAAGUGGGUCCCCCGUGCGGUGCUAGUUGACCUUGAGCCAGGUACUAUGGAUCUUGUAAAAACGGGAAAAUAUGGAAACUUAUUUCAUCCCGAUAAUAUCGUCUCGGGACAAUCUGGAGCUGGGAACAACUGGGCUAAAGGAUACUACACUGAAGGGGCCGAACUCGUUGAUCAUGUCUUAGAAAUUAUUCGUAAGGAAGCAGAAAACGCGGACUGCUUGCAAGGCUUCCAGUUGUGUCAUUCUCUAGGUGGAGGCACAGGCUCCGGACUGGGCACGUUGCUGAUUUCGAAAAUUCGCGAAGAGUAUCCGGAUCGCAUGCUAUGCACUUACUCAGUGGUGCCUUCGCCACGUGUUUCUGACACGGUGGUAGAGCCCUACAACGCCACUCUUUCGGUGCACCAGCUCGUCGAAUUCACCGAUCAGACUUUUUGCAUCGACAAUCAGGCGCUCUACGAGAUUUGCAGGAACACAUUAAGACAAGCGGAUCCUUCUUAUGCGGAUUUAAACGCGCUCAUUUCGAACGUGAUGUCCGGAGUCACCACCUGUCUCCGUUUUCCUGGCCAAUUAAAUGCUGAUCUGCGCAAACUAGCUGUAAAUAUGGUGCCAUUUCCGCGUCUGCACUUUUUUAUGACCGGCUUUGCGCCUUUAACGUCGGGCGCUUCCCAGUCUUUCCGAAAUGUUACGGUUUCUGAUUUAGUGCAGCAGAUGUUUUCAGCCAAUAAUAUGAUGGCUGCUUGCGAUCCGGCGCACGGAAAGUACUUGACCGUCGCUGCGGUGUUUCGCGGGUGUAUUUCCAUGAAAGAAAUCGACCAGCAACUUUUAGACGUGCAAAACAAGCGUCGCAGUUUAUUUGUAGACUGGAUUCCGAAUAACGUUAAGACGGCCGUUUGCGACAUCCCGCCCAUUAAGCACGACUUGGCCGCCACUUUUAUAGGCAAUAGCACUGCUAUUCAGGAGGUUUUCAAGAGAGUAAGUGAGCAGUUCAGCGCCAUGUUCCGUAGAAAAGCGUAUCUGCACUGGUACACCAACGAAGGAAUGGACGAGAUGGAAUUUACCGAGGCGGAGUCAAAUAUGAAUGAUCUCAUAUCGGAGUAUCAGCAAUAUCAGGAGGCUACUAACGAUUACGAGGAAGACGAGGAAGUAAUUCUUGACGAAUAA